AUGGCAUUCAUCGAUGAGUACAAGGGCAUGGAGGCCCACGGCAACACCAAGUUGCACGUUAUCCACACCAACGACAAGAAGCAGAUGGCGAUCUCCCUCGCGCAGUACGAGCGCCACCUCAGCCUCCAGCGCCACAAGAUCAUCGGCAUUGAUCUCGAGUACAACAACGAGCAUGAAGUGACGCAAAAACCCGCCCUCUGCCAACUCUCCAUCGACAAGAAUCACCCGGUGCUGCUCUUCCAACUGAGCGCCGCUGAAAGGUGCACCGUCUUCGACAACUUCCUCGCCGACCCCAGGUACACCUUUGCAGGCUUCUCCAUCGACAGCGACAAAACCAGGCUAGAGCGCGUCAAUCUAGAGGUCGCCAACUUCGUCGACAUCCAAAAGGAGUGGAGGGUGCCCGAGCCAACCAAGGAGUUGGACUCCCUUGGAGACGUCUCUGGCAUGCUCAUCGACGACUACUACAACAACAUGAAGAAGAAGAAGAUCACCGACGACGAACACAAGCGCUGA